UGACCAUAUAUCGCGGGCUCUACCUCGACGUGGAACCAAAUCAGGAAGAUUGCAAACAAAAAAUUGCUAAAAAAAACAAAGACUUUAAUUUAAAAUGGCUACAGGACUAGACAGACUGGCCGGCUUAGGCAUGACUUUACUGGGAGGUCUGAUAUUCGUAUAUUACACGUUAUGGGUUAUUAUUCUGCCUUUUGUACAGACAGGGCAUGUCCUGCACAAAUUGUUUCUUCCUCGAGAAUUUGCUGUCAUCAUUCCUGUUGUUGCCGGCAUCAUUCUACUGGGUCUAAUAGGUGUUUUUAUUGCUGUUGUUCUACUGAAAAGCAAAACAUCCAAGAAGACCCAGUGAUGACAAAAAACAUGUCUUAGAAUCAACAUAAUGCAACUAAACUAGACUGUCUGUAAAUAGAGAUCAUGUAGAAGGAAGAAGUCAUUUUAGUAUGGUUUCCAACUAAAUGGACCGUACAAUCUCAAUCAAUCAUAUGCACACCAGCCUGAAGACCAUGCUUGGCUGUAAGUAAGGGUCAGCGAAAAGUCAUCUUAGUAUAGGGAAUAUUUUUCAAACUAAGCAAAACAGGGCAAAGAAGAAGUUAAAUUAUGAUAAAUGUCGUAUGCACAUUAUUCGUGUAAUAUGGGCAAUGUUUUGAUUAACAGACUCUAAUUUUGAGUCAAUGCAGACUCCUAGCCAAGGGGGGGGGGGACACAGAAAGCUCUGCGCUGGAGGGUAUUGACCAAUCACUGCUUAUGUGUUGACCAAUCACUGCUUAUGUGUUGACCAAUCACUGCUUAUGUGUUGACCAAUCACUGCUUAUGUGUUGACCAAUCAUUGCUUAUGUAUUGACCAAUCACUGCUUAUGUAUUGACCAAUCACUGCUUAUGUAUUGACCAAUCACUGCGUAUGGGUAUAAUUAUUUGUAAAAAUAAAGAUGAUAAAGUAAUAUAA